CUGCAUCGAGUCCAUUUCGUAAGCUGGAUAAAAUGGGUGCAGUUUUAGUACAGUGUCUAUUAUACCGUUUUACUACAAGAAGCACGUCUAUUUUAAAUAGCGUAUUAAAGGUUCAAAACAAUCGCGAUUAUCUUUAUCGUGGACGACAGCAUUCAUACAGAGAAUUAUGGACGAUCGCAACGAAUUUGAUCCCUUCUGCAAUGAUGAAAUGUUACACCCAGAGGAACUCUAAACUCAUCGCGAUUGAUUCAACAAUAGGGAUGCCACGAAGCAGGAGGCGUCAUCGUACUCGUAGCCAUUCAAGAGCACGUUCACACUCUGCAGGGUCUCUCUCAUAUGAACACAAGAGACGUCGCAUUGACUAUGAAAGUCCACGAAGUAAAGGAACUUAUAGGUGACAAGACGGACUGAAGUUAAAGGAUGCCGGUCCUCUACGCCUCCAUUCGUCGCCCUUCCUGGAUACCAAG